AUGGGCGCAAUCGAAUCUGUUGAAUCAAGAAGGCCUGGUGGAUAUACCAGCAAAGUCCGGGUCCGAGAUCGAUAUCAUAUCGUAGGUUUCAUCAGCAGCGGAACCUAUGGCCGGGUCUACAAGGCCGUCGGGAAAAAUGGCAAGAAAGGAGAGUUCGCCAUCAAGAAAUUCAAGCCUGACAAGGAAGGCGAAACCAUCCAGUACACAGGCCUGUCGCAGUCAGCUAUCCGUGAAAUGGCAUUGUGCACUGAACUCUCACAUGCCAACGUCGUCCAACUAGAGGAGAUCAUUCUCGAGGAUAAAUGCAUAUUCAUGGUCUUCGAAUAUACAGAGCAUGAUUUACUCCAGAUCAUCCAUCACCACACUCAACCUCAGCGGCAUGCCAUCCCGGCGUCCAUGGUCCGGUCUAUCUUGUUUCAGCUGCUGAAUGGCUUACUCUAUCUUCACACCAAUUGGGUCCUGCAUCGCGAUCUAAAGCCAGCCAAUAUCCUCGUAACCUCGAGCGGUGCUAUCCGUAUCGGUGACUUGGGGCUAGCGCGUCUAUUUUACAAGCCACUCAACUCCUUGUUCUCGGGCGACAAAGUCGUCGUCACAAUCUGGUACCGCGCACCAGAGCUGCUCAUGGGGAGCCGGCAUUAUACGCCAGCGGUCGAUAUGUGGGCAGUAGGAUGCAUCUUCGCCGAAUUGCUAUCUCUACGACCAAUCUUCAAGGGCGAAGAAGCCAAAAUGGACAGCAAGAAGACAGUCCCCUUCCAGCGCAACCAAAUGACAAAGAUAGUCGAGAUCCUCGGUCUUCCGCGCAAGGAAUCCUGGCCGGGUUUGGCAUCUAUGCCGGAAUAUUCCCAGCUACAAUCUCUGGCAGCCCACCGCCAGCCCUCACAGUAUCACCGCGGCUCUAAUCUUGAGGGCUGGUACCAGAGCUGUCUGAAAAAUGGCGGAUACUCCUCCACCUCGAGUGCCGGCACUCCUGGUACAGAUGGAUUCGAUUUGCUUUCACGUAUGCUUGAAUACGAUCCGACAAAGCGCAUCACGGCCGAACAAGCCCUUGAGCAUCCGUACUUCACCAUCGGCGGUCCGAUCAGUGGCAACUGUUUUGAGGGCAUCGAGGGCAAGUACCCGCACCGUCGGGUCACGCAAGAUGACAAUGAUAUCCGCACUGGCAGUCUCCCUGGCACCAAACGGAGCGGUCUGCCAGAUGAUUCAUUGAUGAGGGCUUCCAAGCGCCUCAAGGAGUAA